UCUAGUUAUUCGACAUACCGGAGAUAUUGAUCCAAUUUACCCAGAAUGGCGCAGAACAACAAUGAGAAACCUCUACGUUAUGCGCACUAUUCCGUCCCGGACCCAGACUUCGCCAAAUAUAAGGCCAUGCCCAACCCGUUUGCAGAGCUGGACACCCUUUCGCCGGCUGGAAUGCGCGAAAUCAUGUCCCAUAUGCCAGUCACGUUCCCGUAUGACGAGGCAAUUGUCAGCAGCGUUGAGGUCAACCAUCGAACUAUCAAGGUCCGGGAUGGUGCCGAGAUCAAAGUGGGAAUUUACAAGGACAAGGACGUUGGCCCCAACGCUACCUUGUUCUUCGGCGUUCAUGGCGGAGGCUGGGUCCUCGGAGACUAUCAGUCUGAAAGGCCUAUGCACCUUUUGGUUGCGAAGAAAACGAAGUCGGUUGUAGUUGGCGUUAAUUAUCGGCUGGCUCCCGAAUAUCAAUUCCCACACCCUGUCAAUGACUGCUUCGAUGCCCUGCAAUGGUGCCGAGAAAACGCAGAUACUCUAGGAAUUAACCCUAACCGAAUUAUCGUCGGUGGAGGCAGCUCGGGUGGAAACAUCGCUGCAGCCCUAGCACAAAAAGACAGGGAUGAAGGCAUCGGCGCCGUUAUCGGCCAGGUGCUGAACAUCCCUGAUAUAUGCCACCCAGCCCACUUUCCUAAGGAUAAAUACGAAUACAGCAGCCCUGAGCAAAACAAAGAUGCACCGAUUAUGCCAACUCAUGCUGCCCAUUGGUUCUGGGAACAAUAUUGUCCCACAGCUGGUGUGGAUCCCUAUGCGAGUCCUAUAUUGGCAAAGUCGCUUGAGGGGUUACCUCCUGCUUUGGUACAAGUAGCCGGACUUGAUCCUAUUCGGGAUGAAGGUCUUGCCUACUGCGAGGCUCUCGAAGAUGCAGGAGUUCCUGUGCAACGAAAGGUCUACCCCGGCCUUCCCCAUGCCUUUUAUCUUUUCCCGGAUCUGAAAGCUACCUCUGUUUUCUAUGAUACGGUAGUGGAUUGGAUUCUUGCCCUUGAAAAAGCACACUAGAAUUUGGUGUGCUUGUGUACGAAGACAAGUGUACGGGAGCUUAGUUUUUCAGGUGUUCUAUCGACCGGCAUAGAUUAAUUGACAAAUACUUCGAAGAUGAUCUGUCAAUGCAUACAUUGGCCCUUUGCAAAAAAGCUGCACUGGCGCAUCAACUUGUGAGUCCAUAUCAUGCGCCGUAAACGCAAGAAAAGCCAUAACUAUAAUUCAGGUAAAUUCUGCGCAGGAAACUUUUCCUGAGGCAGCAUGGUCUCAGGUCAAGAGUCUUGACGACUAUUUUGAAAGCAACAAAGGGCCAUAUUAGGGUUGAGGGGAGUGGGUCGGACGGUAAUCCACAGGAUAUCGAUUAGCCCGCAAUGACGCGUUUUAUUACCUAGAAAUUUUCGCUGUUGAUAUCUCUUGUCUAUAUUACAUUUUGUUCCUUAGGAUGAGUGUCGGGCUGGGUAUGU